GAGAGAGAGAGAGAGAGAGAGAGAGAGACUGUGGAUGAGAAGUGAUGAAAGGCUUUAAAACAACCUGUUUCUCUUUCCUCCAGACACCGAUGGUUCAUUUCAUGGGGUGGAGUUUCUGCCAGAAGAUUUCAGAGACUCUCCUAAUGAAAGAACAAUGAGGGUGAAUGAGAAAUACUCCACGCUACCUGCUGACGAGAAAGGGAUCCACAUUAUCAACAUCAGAGCUAUUGAAGAUAUAGGAUACGUUCGCACCGAGAGUACGUUAUUGAAUUCAUUCUCGCAAGAUCCUGAUGCCAACUGCAAGUAUGGACUUUAUUUCAGAGACGGGAAAAGGAAAGUGGAUUAUAUCCUGGUUUACCACUACAAGAAGUCCUCCUUCAGCAGAACGCUCACCAGGCGGAUCCAUUUCAAUGACCUGGGGCCUCGGAGCCUCAAACAGGACCAGCCGCUUCCUGGGAAAGCAGGGCAGGUUAAUAUGCACGACAGUGAGCCCCACAUGGAUUACCAUGAAGAUGACAAGAGAGUCCGCAGAGAAGAGUACGAAAACAACCUUAUGCAGGCCGGCCUUGAGUUGGAAAGAGAUGAAGACACAAAAAUACAUGGGCUUGGAUUUGUGAAAAUACAUGCACCUUGGAAUGUUUUGUGCCGGGAAGCAGAAUUUAUGAAACUGAAGAUGCCCACAAAAAAGGUAUAUCAAAUUCAUCAACCUCAUGGCCUAUUGAAAAAAAUCAAUUCCGUAAUUCAAAAAAUAACAGAGCCCAUCCAACCUAAAGUGGCAGAACACAAACAUCAGACAGUGAAACGCCUCUCCUACCCCUUCUCCAGGGAGAAACAACACUUAUUUGACCUCUCUGACAGAGAUUCCUUUUUUGACAGCAAGACCAGAAGCACCAUAGUUUAUGAAAUAUUGAAAAGAACUACAUGCACCAAAGCCAAAUAUAGCAUGGGGCAAGGAGAGGGAAGAAAGAAGGAAACUACCCUUUUAAAUAAAAGACGAAAAUGUGGUAAAUAUGGGAUCACCAGCCUGCUUGCCAAUGGCGUUUACAGUGCUGCAUAUCCCUUGCAUGAUGGAGAUUAUGAAGGUGAACACGUUGAGCACAAUGACAGAAAACUCCUGUGUGAGGAAUGGGCAAGUUAUGGAGUCUUUUAUAAGUACCAACCAAUUGACCUAGUGAGAAAGUACUUUGGUGAAAAGAUUGGACUGUAUUUUGCCUGGCUUGGCGUUUAUACACAAAUGCUUAUUCCAGCUUCCAUUGUGGGGAUUAUCGUGUUCCUGUAUGGCUGUGCAACAGUGGACGAGAACAUACCAAGCAUGGAGAUGUGUGACCAGAGGAACAAUAUUACUAUGUGUCCCUUAUGCGAUAGAACCUGUAGCUAUUGGAAGCUGAGCUCCGCUUGUGCCACAUCUCGGGCAAGCCAUCUCUUUGACAACCCAGCAACUGUCUUCUUCUCAGUCUUCAUGGCUCUUUGGGCUGCUACAUUCAUGGAACACUGGAAGAGAAAACAGAUGCGUCUGAACUACAGAUGGGAUCUGACUGGGUUUGAAGAAGAGGAAGAGGCAGUCAAGGAUCACCCCAGGGCUGAAUAUGAAGCUAAAGUGUUAGAAAAAUCACUAAGGAAAGAAUCCAAAAAUAAAGAGAAGGGCCCGCAAUUGCCGGAAGAGGCAGCCAACAAAUGGCGGCAAAGAGUUAAGAGAGUCAUGGCUGGGGUGAAAUUGACUGAAAAAGAAAAACUGACGUGGAAAGAUCGUUUUCCAGCAUACUUCACAAAUUUUGUGAGCAUCAUUUUCAUGAUUGGACUGACAUUUGCCAUUGUUUUUGGAGUCAUAAUAUACCGAAUCUCCACUGCAGCAGCUUUAGCCAUCAGCUCCACUCCCGGUGGCCGGUCUAAUGUUAGAGUAACUGUCACAGCAACUGCAGUGAUUAUUAAUCUGGUGGUGAUAAUAAUCUUGGAUGAAGUAUACGGCUGCAUAGCCAGGUGGCUGACCCAGAUUGAGGUUCCAAAAACAGACAAGAGUUUUGAAGAACGUCUUAUCUUCAAGGCCUUCCUUUUGAAAUUUGUCAAUGCCUACACGCCUAUUUUCUAUGUGGCUUUCUUCAAGGGCCGAUUCGUUGGACGCCCAGGAGAUUAUGUCUACAUUUUUCAUUCUUUUCGCAUGGAAGAGUGUGCUCCUGGUGGUUGCCUAAUGGAAUUGUGUAUACAACUUAGCAUUAUUAUGUUGGGCAAACAGCUGAUUCAGAACAAUCUUUUCGAAAUUGGCAUUCCAAAAAUGAAAAAAUUCAUAAGAUACUUGAAAUCGAAACGACGGCGUCCUGGAGACCACGAGGAAUAUUUGAAGAAAAAACAACGCUAUGAAGUAGACUAUAAUCUGGAGCCAUUUGCUGGUCUUACUCCAGAAUACAUGGAAAUGAUCAUCCAGUUUGGGUUUGUAACCCUGUUUGUUGCAUCUUUCCCACUGGCUCCCUUGUUUGCGCUCCUGAACAACAUCAUUGAAAUACGUCUGGAUGCAAAGAAGUUUGUUACUGAGCUUAGAAGGCCAGUUGCAGUAAGAGCAAAAGAUAUAGGAAUAUGGUAUAAUAUCCUCAGAGGUGUAGGAAAACUUGCUGUGAUCAUAAAUGCAUUUGUGAUCUCAUUCACAUCUGACUUCAUUCCACGCCUCGUGUACCUGUAUAUGUACAGUGAAAGUGGCACCAUGCAUGGCUUCGUGAACCAUACGCUAUCCUAUUUUAAUGUCAGCGAUUUUCAAGAUGGAACAGCUCCAAAUGACGCUAUGGAGCUUGGCUACCCAGUCCAAAUAUGCAGAUACAAAGAUUACCGAGAUCCUCCGUGGUCUGAAACUAAAUAUGAUAUUGCAAAGGAUUUCUGGGCUGUGCUAGCAGCAAGACUAGCGUUUGUAAUAGUGUUUCAGAACUUGGUCAUGUUUAUGAGUGACUUUGUGGACUGGAUUAUCCCAGACAUUCCCAAGGACAUCAGUCAGCAAAUUCAUAAGGAGAAAGUUCUGAUGGUGGAAGUCUUCAUGAAAGAAGAACAGGGAAAGCUGCAGCUGCUAGAAAACUGGGGGGGCAAGGAGAAAAGGAAAGGUGAAAACUGUAACAACCAUAGCCCCAGAUCGUCAAUGAGCCAUAGAGGGAGUGCGUCUUCCAUUCAUUCAUGCCAUGUUGAAGUGUAGAAGAGGAAGUGGUUUUAUUCCGGGGCAUUCCACUCAUAAGCAAGCCAUUAUUUAAAGGAUAGGACUUGAUUCUUUAACAGCCUGGUGCAUGUUUAAGCAUAUGCAACCAUUUUGCUUAUAUCUAUGUAAGAAAUUACGUUCUUACAAAAAUGGAGGACCAUAUUCUGUUUCUGACAAGGAUCUUUUGGGGGUUUUAUUUGCACAAAAAGCAAUGCAGGGAUAUUUUUUUUUUACAUAUAUCUAUAUUUCAUGGUUAGCUUAUAACUAUCACUGUUUUUAUAUUUUAAGAAAAUAGAACAGGUAGGCUAUUCUCUUGGGAAUUUUACUUUAGCUUAUUUAUUGAAAAAUGGCUGAGGGUUUUGAAUAACUAGAGGCUCCCCAUUCCUGAUAAGCUGUAUGGGAGCUUUACAGUUUGCAAAGCAAAUAAAGAGCAUCCUGUGGAGUUCCUCCUUGCAAGACAGAGGAAGAAAAACUGUGCUUCAAUCUGCCGGCCUUUUUGCAAGCAGAAAUCCUGUUGUGUUUCCUGGACUCUAUGCUGAACAUGCAAUAUUUUCUCUUAAGCAAAAGCAGUGGCAAGAAGAUUUUCUUUCUCAUCUGGGGCUCACGCCUUGGGUAGAAUCCAAUUCAUCACUUCACUCACGCCAGUGAACAAAAUGGUGGGGCCAUCAGCCCAGCACUACUGAGAGCAGUUUGUUUGAAUAUCCUUCAUUCCUUCCGAUGUGAAAGAUGAAGGAUUUGUGAAAAGGGCAUUUAUGUUUAGUAAUCCAGAGUGUCUAAGUGCACAUUCCAGAGGGGGUCCAGAGGACAAGAAAGAAUAUUAGCAACAGCACAAUUUCCCCAAGCACUGAGGGGCCUUUUUUCAAAAGUGCCCUGAAUUAAAGAGCACACACACAGCUGCUAGCAAAUUGCACUGCCCUCCACAAACCUUGGAACCUAGUUGCUGAAGGAAUAUGUUAAACAAACUUAUUCCCCAAGCAAUUACGUUCACAGGUCAUCCUGCUCAGUGUAGCUGGACAUCCCAUCUUUGAUUACAUCUCAUACUUCCAGAUACCACAGCCCCCUAUCAUUUCACUGACCAGAGCAUCGUAACUCAAAGCAUCCUUCAGUUCAGCAGUUACGAUGACUCAGCUGCCCAGUUCCCUGACAAAGGUAUCCAAAUAUUGUUCUCUGCCACUUUCCAGCUUCUCUACUGCUUUCAGUUCUCUUGCUCUUAUCAAAGAGUUGGAGCAUCUUCUCUAUGAACAUUUGAGGCUUUGUUGUUGUUUUUUACUAAAUUGGGAUAUCUUAUACAAUUGUGACUGGCAUGAGGGGGGAGAGAGAGAUUUCUCCCUCAUAAUAUUCAGGGUCACUCCAUGAAAUUAACAAGCAGCAUGCUCAGAAGAGAUAUUAAGAAAGUACUCUUUCACACAAUUGUUUCUUUGUGUGACAGCUUGUAAUUCCUGUCGGCUCCAAAGAGACAGGGGGAGGGAGUGUGGAAGGAGUAGGAAUGAAUGGCAGAAAGGGAGAAUCAGCAAGUGAAAUGCAUGAGGAAGAGUGCAUAGCGGGCUGAGUUGAGGGAAGAAGAGCCCAUCAGAGCAUGCACUGGGCCAAGGGUGUCCCUCUGCAAAUAUAGUAUAGAUUCUGGUAUGGAGUUAUUCCUGAGAAUCCUUGAGGAUUUAUUUUUUUAAAUCAAGUUUAAGAUCAACAGUGCAAUCCUAUACAUGUUACCUGGGAAGUAAAUUUGCCCAGGUAAGUACAUAUAGGACUGCAACUUAAUAUUACCUUUGGCAUUUUGGUGAAGUGGGGAUAAUAGAACUCAAGUUCUAAGCCGUAUUUUGGACCAGAUUAUUUCCACCUACAAUGAUUGUGUGGAUGAAAAUGGUCCUUUUAAUUUUUCUAGCUUUUAGGACUCUAUGUCCACUUUCGACAUACAGAGCAACAGCCCCAAAUACACUCUUCUCUGAGGUUACUAUAAAGUUUACAUUAUGAUGAUGUUCCACCUAUUCUGCCCAUUCCAGAAUUUCUGAUGUGCCUACUAUUUAUUUUUUUAACAUCAGGCUCUCCAGUUCCCUCAUCUUGUGUCGGAGGCUUCUAGGCAUCAGCAUAUAAAUACUUCCAUGUUGCAUCUCCUGCCAAAUCCCCUUUUUGUGUUCAGUUUUCCCUAUGACCCUAUCGAGUGCCAUGCAGAAAGAAAUAAGCCCGGGUUGCCUUUGCAAGUCUACCAUGCACAAAUUGUUCUGGACACUUCAAAGUCGAACAAAUCCUUCUAUGAACACCUAGCUAGCCCUCGAUUGCAAUUGUCACUUUACAGUUUGUACUGGGAUACGGACAGCCAAGUACAAGAUAUGCACACCUCUCAUCACAUCUGAAGGGCAUGUAUGUGUAAAAUUUAGUGCAUGCCUCUUUAAAAUAACAGCAACUGGGAGCAGAUUACAUGGACAUCCUUCAGACUUGAUAGUAACGGUUAGCAUUUAUACAGCACUUUCCAGAGUACAAAAAAUCUUCAGGUACAUUAUGUUGUGGAAAAUGUGAUGAGUAGCAAGUAUACUUUUUGUAUGCCAUCUGCAAAAUGUAAAGGGAUUUUUAAAAACAAAAAACCUGUUGCUGAUCCCCAACAAGUAACACUUGCUACUUCCUACAGGCUGAGGGCCCAACAGCCUCAUUUGGGUCUUUUUGGCAACCUAUCUCCAUCUCCUGGGAUGGAGAAGGAAAGAAAUGGGAGAAUCUGUUUAGUGGCUGCUAAGCAACCAUCACAUACCCUCCCUACAAUUUGCAAACGUUUGGCAACAAAUGGUGCUGGUGACAGGGUUUGGGCAGCCAAGGCACAUGACAACAUUCCUUCCAAUGUCAGUCUCCAGGGAAAGUAACCCAAGAGGAAGCUCCGGAUAACAAGUCCGAGAGCUAGAACAUACCUGCCAGGUCCAUCCACUCCACAGUUAUAUCUAGUGUCAGGCCUAGUGCUUAGGAUACGAUUGCUCCAAAAAUAUGGCAUCCUUGAUAGAUAGCCCCAGUGAUGCAGGUGGACACAAAGAUGAAAGUAGAAUCAAAAGGGCAAGCACCCUAAGCAGACCCCCCCCUCUUAAUUUUGCCCCAUAUACAUGAAAGUCUUUAAAUUUAUUUAUUAUGUGUGUUCUUGGCAGGGCACCAGCUCCCUCUUAAUCUGCACCUUCUACGUGUAUCUUGAGCAAAACCAACAAAGCAAAAUAUAGAACAUUUGCUUCAUGUUACAUACAAUAUGAAAUGUUCAUAUAACAGUCUUCCUAGUUAUGAACUGCAGUGCAUCAUAUCAUAUAUACAAAAAAAAAUCCUAUGCUGUGUAAGUUGAGGAUGAAAUUUAGUUUUAAUAGAGAACAAAAAUCAAUUUCAUCCACAACUGCCAAAGCCUGGCAUUAUAUUGCAAAUUAACUUACUGUAUGGUUUGUUGCAAAACCAAAUGUCCAAGAGUGUUAUAUUUCAAUUAAAAGAGCAUUGUUGCAGAAUUAUAGAAAAUAAAAGCAAAAUCAUCACAUAGUUUUGUAGUACUUAUUAGUUUUUAUACAAAGUAUGCAGCAAACUCAUUCUUAUGUAUAAUUUGUCCGAAACACUCUUUACGUGGAAGUUAACAAAAUGUUGUCCAACAUGUUUAAAAUACCAAUCUAACCAAAGAUUGUUUUUAAUAAAGGGCUUGUUUUUGUUUAUAAUUGCUUCUUAUAUAUUGAAUUGCAGGAAUGUCACCUUUUUAUAUCUAAAAAAUCUUGCUUAAAAGUCUGUUACCAUUGUAGUCAGCCUUGUCUACCUUUAUUGAUACAGGAUUCACAGAAGACAAUAGAAAUUUUCUCUCACUUUUACCCUGAUCCAACAAUGGCCUUUGGCAGCGGUAAGAGCUUUUUACAACAUGGGAAAGCAUCUGUGCAUGUUUAUUGGCUAUGGAUCCUGCUGCGAACCUAUAGGUAUGGGCUUUGAUGUAGAUAUGCAGGGAGGAUGCACAUGAGAUGCAGAGGUGUUACCCGUUCGUGGACAUUGCAUGUAUAACGUGAAAGCAAGUUGACAUUCCCAUCUGUCCCUUGAAACUGAUGGGAGUGUUUCGCCAGAUGCCAUUUGGGCACUACAUUUUCAUUGUAUAUUACUAGUUGUCCACAGCAUCUAGCAUCGAGGUGAAAAUGUUAUCUAUUGGGCUAGAAAGUCUUGUGUGUGAUUGCGAGAACUCAUUUUAAAAUGUAGUUAAGACACGACCUAGACUACACACCCCAGGUUAUGCUAGGACUGGCCAGAUGCACAGAGUGAUAUCCAUUAUUAGCCACAUCCAGAGCAGAUGCAUUGAAAUCUGUAGAUUUUAUUCCAUUGGGUCUAUCUAGCAUUGGAUACCAUCCCAAAUCCAGAGAUCCCUACUUACACAUAGUAGCAUUCCACCAAACCAGUAGCCAGCUCUUUCAGCUUUUAAAUGUUCAUCAUCUACUCCAGGAGUGGGUAACCUUUGGCCCUCCAAACUCCCAUCAGCCCCAGCAAGCAUGGCCCAUGGCCAGGGAUAUUGAGAAUGAUAGUUCAGCAAAACCUGGGGGGGGGAGCAAGGUUUCCCCAUUCAUGAUCUACUGGACAGAGAGGGAAUGUCUGAAAAUCAGUUCCAUCAAACCCCUUCCCAACCAAUGGUCAGGAUUUUUAGUAUGCAAACCGAUGCACAAAAUAUCAGUGAUGAGCCAGCCAGGAUAGUACAUUAGGUGUUUUUUUGGCAAAUGCACAAUCUUCCCCCCUGGAUCAAACUCUUCUGGGGGUUUUUCCAGCAGAAGCUGGAUUUGCACAGGUAUGAUUGGCUAACACCCCUGUGUUGAUCAUGAAGUCAACUCCAAUGAUUUCUUGGAACAAUUUUUAGCACCUUAAAAAGAUGUGGCCCUUUAUUAGAUAAAUAAUUACGCUGCUAAGCAGAGGCAUGAGCAGAUAAAUAUGAAUGAAAAUGUGUGUGGCGUUAGACCUGGAGGCUGCAUGUGUUCUUUGAAGAGCAAAAUCAAAGCAGCAGAACUCGCCUCGGAGGGGAGCAACCUGUACCUGAUUCCGUUUGCAGGUGCAUCUGUAUGCAACCUUCGAGCUGUUAGCAUUGACCACCUGUUCAAAGUUCACACAGAGUGUAGGUGCCAGAUGGAUAUUUCCUUCUGCGUUGAUGGGACAAUAUUCAAAAGAGCAAUCUACAUGAAGGAGGCUGCAGCCCUUUGCACACUUACAUGGGAGUUAGUCACACUGAACUCAUGGCAUGGACAUGAUUCCAGAAGCCUAUUUGCAUGUGCAGGUUAUGCUUGUUGGAUUGGGAUGAAUAUGAGGGAAACAAGGCAGCAGGAACAGAAUGCAGGAGGUGCCAGCCUCUUCUUCUCAUGAGCAAAAAAAUCAAUCCCUUUGUGACUUCCAUCUUACUGUUUUUCUCUCUAGGUAGCCUACAUUCAUGUAAAAUGUAUCCUGAGCUAUUAGUUUAACUAGAAACCAGGAUGAAUGUACUGUACACACCCAUAGAAAAUGUAUAUUCCAUUUCACGCUCUAUCAGCUUGUAAUUUUAUAAGUACUGUAGAUGGAUUGCCCAGUUUAGAAUUAUAUGCUGAAUACAAGCGACGGGAAAUAAAGAAAUUGUAAAGAGUUAUCUUAAAAUGUUGUCCUAAUACAUUCCUGUAAAUAUUAAGACUAUAUACUUAUAAACAUUCAUUAUUUUGAGAUCAUUAAAUAAUAAUAAAUGCUUUUACUUGUUUUAUA